CUGAGAACUCAAAAACGACGUUGACAUGGCAGCCAAUUUCAGAAUUGGAGAAAAUAACAUUAAAUAACUUUUUUAAACUAUAAUAUACGAUAGUUUCUAAGUGAGAAUAUUACAUAUUUCAAAAAAUUUCAAUCAAGUUAUUUUCAAAGAAAAGUAUGUUCAAAGUUGGAUUGAGAAACUAGACAAAAAUAUUCAGAUAUUCACGUUCAAGUAUUGCUUUUGUUCGUUGUUGCCAUAGUUUCAGUAUGGGGAUGAGUGACUUGUUCGAGAUUGCCGGUGGUGAGUUGGCACAGAUUCUGCAGACUCUGCCGGAGCACUUCACAGCUGGUGACUUUCUCAUCUUGGACUGCAGACCGUUCCUCGCGUAUUCACGAUCACACGUCUGUGGCUCCCGAAACGUGAACUGGAACUCCAUGAUGCGCCGUCGGUCGAAAACCUCGGUGGUUAGUCUGGAGUGGCUGGUGCCGGACAAGACACUUCUGGGUCGGCUGCGCCGCGGCGAGUUCUCGCCGGUUAUCGUGCUGGAUGAGGACAGUCGCUCUGUUGCUGACCUGAAAAGCGAGAGUCUUGCUAGCAUGCUGCUCACUGCUCUACACGCCGAAGUUGCGCCAGGAACCACGCAGAUCUGCCUCUUACAAGGUGGAUUCGACGGUUUCAGUGCAUUGUAUCCGGAUCUCUGUGUCAACGCCCCGCCAGUAAAUGGAAAUCAUAACGCCUUCUGGGACUCUGAGUCGGGCAUGUCCGGGAGGAAAACGCCCCUGUAUGAUCAGGGUGGUCCAGUGGAGAUCCUACCCUUCCUGUUCCUUGGCAGCGCCCAUCACUCGUCCAGUCGUGAGACCCUCGCGAAAAGCGGCAUCACAGCUGUGCUCAACGUUUCCUCCUCCUGCCCCAACCUGUUCGAGGACGAGUUUCACUACAAGACGAUGCGCGUGGAAGACAACCUUGCGGCUGAUAUCCGCGCGCGAUUCCCGGAAGCAAUCGACUUUAUCGACUCGGUGAAGGAGUGCGGCGGGCGUGUGCUGGUGCACUGCCAGGCCGGCAUCUCUCGCUCUGCCACGAUCUGCCUAGCGUACCUCAUCCACUCGCGUCGGGUGCCCCUGGACGAGGCCUUCGACUUCGUGAAGCAGCGGCGCCGCGUGAUUUCGCCGAACCUGGCCUUCAUGGGCCAACUGCUGCAGUUUGAGACCGACGUGUUGUGUUUUCAGGCGAACCGAAUGGAGUAGAACGAGCGCCACUGGUUCACAGGAAACACAAUAAGGUUCGGGAAACUUCCAAACCGAUACACUGAGGAAUCUUUAGUCGGACCAGUGAACGUGGACACACUGCGCGCCACGAUUUAUUCACUCAACUCUGGGACCAUUUCAUUUACAUUCCUGUCUCAACAUUGCCACAGUUAACACUAAUCAUGCGAGAAAAUAGUUACAGUAUUAUAGAACACCAUUCAGUGCGUCGUUUGUAUUCCGGGGUACGGACGUGACCCCAAUAUUAAAAGCGUUAAUCUCAGCGACUGAAACUAUUCAUGACUAAUGCACCCUCUGUCAUUAACCAUUGGUAUUUACCUAAAGGGUGAUUUCAUAAACCAGUAUAGAUCAUUGGAUGAGUUAACCUAUGUUCAGCAUAAUGUAGAGCCAUAU